GCACCAUCCUUUUCCGUCUUCCGCUGGCUCCCACUCUCGGGUGGCGCCCCGCAGACCCCGAGCCCGCCGGGCAAGAGAGACCCGGCUGGCGCCCCGCGUGGCCGCGCACACCCGCCGGUGCAGACUCCGGUCCUCAAGCCCCGCCUCCCGGGCCCAGCUGAUCCGCGCCGCCCUGCAGGCCCCACGCCUCGGCCCCGCCGAGCCCCACGACGCCCGCGCCCGCCGCCCCCUGCGCCGCCAACCCCGGUCCCGGCCGUGCACCUCCGGCCGCGCGCGCGCGCGCGCUGGGAGGGCAGCGGGAGGCGGGGCGGCCUGCACGGUGCGGCAGAGCAGAGAGUGGCGCGGCCCCGCCGCAGCCAUGGAGGUCUACAUCCCGUCCUUUCGCCACGAGGACAGCGAUCUGGAGCGCGGCUACACGGUGUUUAAAAUAGAAGUGCUAAUGAAUGGAAGAAAACAUUUUGUUGAGAAAAGGUACAGCGAAUUCCAUGCCUUGCACAAAAAGCUUAAGAAAUGUAUAAAGACUCCAGAAAUCCCUUCUAAACACGUCAGGAACUGGGUCCCCAAAGUCCUGGAACAACGGCGGCAAGGCCUGGAAACGUAUUUACAGGCCGUCAUUUUGGAAAAUGAAGAACUUCCCAAACUCUUCCUUGAUUUCCUCAAUGUAAGACACUUGCCCUCCCUACCGAAGGCAGAAAGCUGUGGAUCUUUUGAUGAGACAGAAUCUGAAGAGUCAAGCAAGCUGUCCCACCAGCCGGUGCUGCUGUUCCUUGGGGAUCCAUACGUCUUGCCUGCAGCCAGUGCCUAUUUUGAAUUAGAGAAAGAAGGGAUAAAGAUUUUCCAAAUGUGGUCAUUGAAGGAGUUCUUCAUGGGAUAUUUUACUCUCAUCUGCAGCCCAGGUAGACAUCCUACCUGGCUGGAAGAAGCUGAAGCGAGUUUCAGUGUCAAUGGCAAGAAUAUCUAUCUGAUAGCUCUACCAACUUACCUGAAACUCCGUGACACCAUAGCUCUGGCUAGUGGGAAACUUCACAGUCUAGCUUCCUUCUGAACAGGGGUGUUUCUAUUAGAAUGGUGCUUUUAAAAUUAGAAACUGAACCAGGGCAGCAGCGUCAGUUUAAGGUCAAUUGUUUGAGCAAAAGGGAGGUUCCAAUAUAGGAAGUCGGGACCAAGAGGCCACUGGGGAGUCUUGGGAGCAGCGAGCGCCACCAGAGCCAGCUUCUGCUUCAAUUGCACCAUCUGCUAAUUGGAAAUCAUAGCUUGAGUCAUGCUGACACUGAUCAACUUUGGUGGCCUUAGUUUACAGACCUUGACAACACUCAUCUCAGCAGGGGAUACUGUAUCCAGGGGUGCUGGCACCAGAAGAGGGUCCUGGGACCCAUUGUGCUAAGUGUGAGAAAAAGACCACACUGGAAAUUGAAUUGUACUGACAAUAGAAUGCAUUGAAGAACAGAAUGCAUUCUAGUUUCCAUCACAGUGGAGUUGCCUCUCACCUGCAGUUUGGCUUCCAGCAUCGGUGCUUGAGAUGAAAUAGGGUGUUGGCACUAUCCGUGAGCGUCUCCUAGGAAGACACUAUGCAGGAAGUCUGGACUCCCAUUUUUAACUCUAGUGUUGGAAAGCAUGAGUGCUCCUCUGAAGACCAGCUGACACCCCUGAUGAAGUCCCAGGGGCCAUUUCCUAUAGAAAGUACACACUCCAAACACUAGAAUCACACUGCAAAGUUCUUGUUCCAGUGGGAGUCAAAUGUGAAUUGACAGCAGCUGCAACAGGACCAGAUGUACUGUCUGUGUCUGGGUUUCCUCCACAGUAUACACCAUCUUGGUAUAGCCACGAGCUUUUGUGUGGUUGUUCUUAUAGGUUUCUUUUUACUGACAUCACGUAUGGAUUAAUGUGAGUUAGGUGUUUGAUGCUGUCUCUCCACUGGAUGUCACACAGAUGGUCAUCUUUGCUUAGUGACAGAUCUGAGCAUAUGUCUACCUGUGUGUAUGUAUGUAUGUGCUGAUGAACAACCUACUUAUGGUGUGGAUUUUCAUACAUUUAAAUGUUGGAGAAAAUGUUGACAAUUGAAACUACCAUGUCAUGAAUUUUUAUUAGAGUCUAAACCUACAGAUUGAAAGCCUGCUGCAAACUUUAAAGAUACGUUUUUAUGAUUGAUUGUGUAAUUACUUGUUAGGAAUAAAGUAAUCAAGUGUUAUCAGCGGAAAGAAAAAAACAACUAAAUGGUGAAGUACUAGAGAUACUUUUUUAAAUGUUUUUAUGUUAUUAGCUAUUUUGAGUUAAAUAAAAACAAAUAAAAGUAUUUGAAUUUG